GUCGGCAGCGCAGACACACGUUGUUCUUUUUUAGGCUUUUCAAUCUCUCAAGCUAAUGAGUUUCAUCUAACUAUGAUUCAAACAGUCUCCAUCCAGUUCUUUCCUUUCCAACUCCAGCUAGAACCUCACACAUUAACAAUGAAUGGGAAACACUGGUUUCACUGCAGACUGUUCUUCCUUUUUAACUACUAUGACCGCGAAGAUACUUUUAUUAUUGACAGACAGUGUGUAAUAUCUAUGCCAGCUUUAAUUUUAAUCGAAUUUCAGAUUUUUUUUUCUUUGUUUUGUCGGGGAUUCUACACGGCUCUGAGUUGUUGUAGCUGCCAUCCCAUGUAUCACUCUUAUUCCCUGUGGUGAACUCAUUUGUUGCAGUCUGUGAGUGCACGCGGAUGCGGCUCAUGUCCCCAGUAAUGAUCCACUAAUUAUGAGAAUCCACAGCCACCUCUGGGGUCUGAAACCACCUGUCCAUUUGUGUGUGCACAGCCGAGCCAUCAAGACCAACCAGGACCUUCUUCCUGAGACUCCGUGGACCAACAUCCUGUAUGACGACUUCUGGGGCACCCUGCUCACUCACAGCGGCAGCCAUAAGUCCUUCCGUCCACUCUGCACCCUCUCCUUCCGCCUCAACUACACCCUGCACGGCCUGCGUCCCUGGGGCUACCACCUGCUGAACGUGGUGCUGCACGGACUGGUCACCACCCUCUUCACGGCCCUCAGUCGCCCGCUCCUGGGUGGAGGAUUGUGGAGCCUGCUUGCUGGUCUUCUCUUUGCCUCUCACCCAGUGCACACCGAGGCCGUGGCUGGUGUGGUGGGGAGGGCGGACGUUGGCGCUGCUCUGUUUUUCUUGCUGUCUCUCCUCUGUUAUGCGAGACACUGUGGACUUCGAAGGGACCAACGUGGGGCCUUCGAGACUAGAAGAUGUGGGGGCAUCUCAGUCACCUGGUGCUGGGGCUGGAUGCUGGGGAGCCUGUGGUGUGCAGCAGCCAGCAUGCUGUGGAAGGAACAGGGGGUGACGGUGCUGGCCGUGUCGGCUGUUUACGACCUCUUCGUGUUCCAGAGACUCCGAUUUCAUCAGGCACUUCUCCUCCUGUUGGGAAAGAAAAAGAACGUCAGUGUUUUGCUGAGUCUCGGUAUGCUGGCUUCCUGGGGAGUGAUUCUGCUGUCAGCUCGUCUCUACUGGAUGGGCAAUAAGCCUCCCAACUUUUCCAACUCUGACAACCCUGCAGCUGACUCUCCACAUUUCCUCACUCGAACACUAACAUUCCUGCACCUGCCCGCCGCCAACGCCUGGCUCAUGCUUUGCCCCGACAAGCUCAGUUUCGAUUGGUCCAUGGACGCUGUGCCCUUGGUGAGAUCCUUGGCUGACUGGAGGAAUCUUCACACUGUUGCCUUCUAUGCUGGAUUAGUCCUUCUUGCUUUGUUUGGCCUUCAUGGUCCCACCUCCAAAGCUAAAGAGACCAAUGGGAAAGCCCAUGUCUCUAAUGGGAAAUCAAUCACUAACGGGAAUGGUUACCAUGCUCCUGACACAAACCAUAACACAGACAAGGGGCCACCAAAUUCUACCUUGAACGGGUCAGCUGGACUUCACCACUGCCUUCCACGGACAUCCCUGCCCCCUACAGAAAACCUAGUACUAUUUUCAUUAAGCAUUCUGUCAUUGCCUUUCAUCCCAGCCACCAACCUAUUCUUUUAUGUGGGUUUUGUAAUUGCAGAGAGGGUACUAUACAUUCCCAGUAUAGGCUUUUGUUUACUGGUUGCUGCGGGAGCAAGAACCUUAUAUGUCAGACUGAGGACAAGAGGCUGCAAAGCCUUACUGUUGUGUCUCUGUAUGGGACUAGUGCUGCUGAAUGGACUCAGAACUGUUCAAAGAAACAGGGACUGGAGCAAUGAGGAGAAUCUCUACAAGUCUGGGAUCAGUGUAAAUCCUGCUAAAGCCUGGGGAAACUUGGGGAACGUGCUGAAGAACCAGGGCAAGAUGCCAGAGGCGGAGAAGGCGUACAGAAACGCUCUGCACUACCGAGGGAACAUGGCUGACAUGCUGUAUAACCUAGGUUUGCUGCUGCAGGAGAAUGAGCGUUCUGCUGAAGCCCUGCGUUAUUACAAACUGGCCAUUGGGAGUCGGCCAACACUGGCAUCGGCUUACUUGAACACAGGAAUCAUCCUGAUGAACCAGGGCAACCUGGAAGAGGCCAAACGCACCUUCCUUACUUGUGCCGACAUCCCUGAUGAGAACUUGAAGGACCCCCACGCCCACAAGAGCUCCGUCACCAGCUGCCUGUACAACCUGGGAAAACUGCUCCACGAACAGGGCCAGCAGGAGGAGGCCCUGUCUGUUUAUAAGGAAGCAGUGCAGAAAAUGCCCAGACAGUUUGCUCCACACAGCCUUUUCAACAUGAUGGGAGAGGCCUACAUGAGGCUGAACAGGCUGGAGGAAGCCGGCCACUGGUACAGGGAGUCCCUGAGGGCCAAGCCUGACCAUAUCCCUGCCCACCUCACUUAUGGCAAACUCCUGUCCAUCAUUGGGCAGAAGACGGAAGCAGAGAAGUACUUUCUAAGAGCUAUUCAACUAGACCCGACAAAAGGAAACUGCUACAUGCACUAUGGUCAGUUUCUGCUGGAGCAGUCUCGUCUUGGCGAGGCUGCCGAGAUGGCAGACAGAGCUGCGGAGCUGGACAGCUCAGAGUUUGAUGUGGUCUUCAGUGCUGCUCACAUGCUAAGGCAGGCCCGUCUAAAUGAGGCAGCAGAGAAGCAGUAUGAGCGGGCAGCCAGCCUCAGACCAGAUUAUCCGGCUGCUCUGAUGAACCUUGGGGCCAUCCUCCACCUGAACGGGAGGCUUCCCGAAGCGGAGGCCAACUACCUGCGCGCACUCCAGCUGAAACCCGAUGACGUAAUUACCCAGUCCAACCUGCGCAAGCUGUGGAACAUCAUGGAGCGGCAGGGACUCAGGACUAAGCAGGGGCUCGGGAUGCAGAGGAGCAGCCUCUGAACGGAGAGAGUCGCUGCAGUGUUCCCUCAACGAUGAUGGGGUGUCCUGCAGAGAAGGACGCAGGGUGGGAUACGAAAGAGCUAGAGGCUAAAAGCUCUGCACAAG